AUGGCGGAUUUCGGAGGCAAAAAGGGAUCUAAAAAUCGAUAUAAAGUGAACGAUUUGUCUCAAGUGGAGUUUAAGAAGAAUGAUAAAAACGUGGAUAAAAUCAGUAACCCAGAAUCUGAACCUGCAGCGCCUGCUGAGGUCCCAAGCAUUUCGUUUAUAACUUUGUUCCGUUUCGCGACGACAAUGGAUAAAUUCUUCAUCUUCGUCGGAAUUAUAUUUUCAAUAAUAUGCGGAAGCACGACGCCGGUGAACACGCUUCUCUUCUCUUCUCUCCUACAAAGCAUGGUCGACUUCGGGAUAUCUGUGAUCCAGGGCAACCCACAGGGAGACGUAUUCCUUAUUGCAGUCAGGGAUUUUGCAAUAUGGAACAGUGUGGUUGGAUUAGUCGUGGUCCUUCUGUCCUAUGCUGCAACUGUUUUGAUGAACUUUUCAGCUUAUAAUCAGGUUUACAAAAUACGACAAGAGUACUUGAAGGCAGCUUUGAAUCAGGACUUCGAAUAUUUUGAUACGCAUCAGACAGGUGACAUCGCGGCAAAAAUGACCGAUGACGUGGUUAAAUUGGAAGAUGGAAUCGGUGAGAAACUGGGCACAUUCAUCUACUACCAAGCGGCGUUCGUGAGUUCCAUAAUCAUGGCGCUGGUCAAGGGAUGGAAGUUGGCACUUUUGUGUUUGGUCUCCUUCCCUAUUACCCUUUUCCUAGUGGGAAUGGCUGGUCUUAUUGCAUCCAGGUUGUCGAAGAAGGAGGCUCUGGCGUCUGGAAAAGCUGGAACCGUCGCUGAAGAAGUGAUUUCAGCGAUACGUACAGUGUACGCCUUCAGCGGACAAGAGAAAGAGAUAGCACGCUACGAAACUCACCUUAACGAAGCGAGAAAAGUUAAUAUUCAGAAAGGCUUCUUCAACGGAAUCGCUAUGGGCACUCUCUUCUUUUGCAUCUUCUGUUCUUACGCGAUGUCCUUUUGGUUCGGUUACCAGUUUAUAGAGAACGAGGAAGAAAAUUACGACGUGGAUACCAUGAUUGCUGUUUUCUUCGGAGUAAUGAUGGGCUCAGCUAACUUCGGCAUCUCGUCCACACUGAUGGAGGUGUUCGGCGUAGCUAAGGGCGCGGGCGCACAAAUCUUCAAUCUAAUAGACAACGUGCCUCUCAUAAAUCCAAUUAAAAACAGCGGAAUUGUUCCUGACAAUAUUGAGGGGAAUAUUGAGCUACAAGAUGUACUGUUUCAUUAUCCGUCCAGGCCCGACGUCCCGGUACUGAAAAGGGUAAACCUGACUGUACAGCGAGGUCAGUCGGUGGCUCUAGUUGGACACUCGGGAUGUGGAAAGUCUACUAUCAUCCAACUAAUAUCAAGAUACUAUAACACCGUCGAUGGUAGUGUUCUCAUUGAUGGUAACGACGUGCAAAACCUCUCAGUGCGCUGGUUGAGGGAUCAGAUCGGCCUCGUUGGCCAGGAGCCAGUGCUCUUCAACACAACAGUCCGCGAGAACAUUCGCUACGGACGCGAAGGCGCCACCGAUGACGAAAUCGAAGCUGUGGCCAAGCAGGCUAAUGCUCAUCAGUUCAUCAUGAGAUUGCCUCUGGGUUACGACACAUUAGUCGGAGAACGUGGUGCAUCACUAUCUGGUGGACAAAAGCAGCGCAUCGCCAUUGCGCGUGCGCUAGUGCGCAACCCGCGGAUCCUCUUGCUUGACGAAGCGACUAGCGCCCUAGACACAGCCUCAGAACACAAAGUGCAGAAAGCUCUGGAUAAGGCAGCCGAAGGACGCACGACCAUUGUCGUGGCCCACAGACUGACAACAAUUAGAAACGUGGACAAAAUAUACGUGUUCAAAGCUGGUAUAGUGGUAGAGAGUGGAAGCCAUGACCAGCUUAUGGCUUUGAAAGGACAUUACUUCGAUAUGGUGAAGCUACAGCAUUCUCCAGACUUCAAUGAGUUAGACGAAGAAGGUAACGUUCUGGCGCGCACUGUUUCUGUGGUCAGUGAAAAAGACGAAGAUGAACAUCUUGAGACGAGGAUGCAAGAGCCAAUAGAAACUCUGGUGGAACCAGAUGUCUCGUUCUGGAAGGUGGUCAGACUAAACAAACCUGAGUGGAAGUCCAUAACAGCGGCGAGCAUCGCUUCACUUGUCAGCGGGUUCGCUAUGCCACUACUUGGUGUUAUUCUUGGAGACUUUAUUGGGGUUCUGUCUAAUCAAGACCCAGAAUUCAAGAGAAAUGAAGUCCGGAACUACGCUCUAAUAUUUGUCGGAGUUGGUGUCUUUUCGGGAAUCGCUAACUUCAUCAAUGUCGCAAUGUACGCUAUAGCUGGGGAGUACUUGACGCAGCGUCUGCGCAAGUUAUUGUUUGAGAAGCUACUACAACAGGAAAUAGGUUUUUACGAUGAUAAGACAAAUUCCACUGGAGCUCUUUGCGCCAGACUGGCUGGUGAAGCGGCGGCAGUGCAGGGGGCCACAGGUCAAAGAAUAGGGACAGUCCUGCAAGCUGUGGGUACUUUUAGCUUCGCCCUGGGAGUGUCCCUUUUCUACGAAUGGCGACUGGGGUUAGUGGUACUUGUAUUCGUCCCAUUCUUGGCAGCUGUACUUUACAACGAAGGAAGAAUGGUCAGCGCGCAAUCCUUUGGUACAGCUAAAACUAUGGAAGCCAGUUCUAAGAUUGCCGUGGAAGCCGUAGCCAACGUCCGGACGGUGGCUUCAUUAGGUCGCGAGAACAGAUUUCUGGAAGACUAUGGGUCACAACUGUUGCCCGCUGUGCUCAUGGCCAAAAGAGUUGCCCAUUGGCGUGGUAUUGUUUUCGGGCUGUCUCGGGGACUGUUCAACUUCAUAUACGCAGCUACCCUCUACUAUGGAGGGACGUUGAUGGUCAACGAAGGCGUUGAUUAUGCUAUCAUACUGAAGUCCGCACAAGCUUUGCUCAUGGGUUCGGCGUCAGCCACUCAGGCGUUUGCCUUUGCACCUAAUUUCCAGAAGGGAAUAAAGGCGGCAGGGCGUGUCAUGGCGAUACUGGACAGAGAAUCCAAAAUUACCGAUCCACACAAACCCGCUGCCGACAACUUUAGAGGUACGGGCGAAGCUAGUCUCCAAAAUGUUAGCUUCAGGUAUCCAACUCGGCCCUUGAUACAAGUCCUCAAAGGCCUCAACCUUGAAAUAGAAAAUGGGAAAACAAUCGCUCUGGUUGGAGCCAGUGGCUGCGGGAAAAGUACUAUUAUACAACUGCUCGAGAGAUAUUAUGAUCCAGAUGAAGGCAUUGUGGCUCAAAACAGUAUUCCUCUACCAAAACUGCGUCUGGCAGAUGCCAGACAGAGUAUUGGAUUCGUACAGCAAGAACCUGUGCUCUUCGACCGUACAAUUGGUGAGAAUAUUGCUUAUGGAGACAAUUCAAGGAAGCCCAGCAUGGACGAAGUUAUCCAGGCAGCUAAACAGGCGAACAUUCAUAACUUUAUCGUUUCAUUACCCGCCGGUUACGACACAAAUAUCGGUUCCAAAGGCACGCAGUUGUCUGGAGGCCAGAAGCAGAGAGUUGCUAUAGCCAGAGCACUAAUACGACGACCUAAAAUGCUUCUUCUGGACGAAGCCACCAGUGCGUUAGACACGGAGAGUGAAAAGGUGGUACAAGAAGCCCUGGACGCAGCUAAGGCCGGUCGCACAUGCGUGAUGAUAGCCCACAGACUGAGCACAGUCCGUGAUGCGGACCUAAUUUGCGUGCUAAGCGAUGGACGCCUCGCUGAGACCGGCACUCACCAGGAACUGAUACAGCUUAAGGGACUCUAUUAUAACUUAAAUAGAAGAGGUUAUGCCUAA